AAUCACAUGAUGCAAGAAGAAUCUUCUCCCGUGAGAACAGAUAUACAUACGUAUAUAAAACAUAGUUCAUUUAUGGUACAAUAAUAAUGCUAAUUGAGGAAAGUUACAAUCAAAUUUAGGGUGUUUUUUUUAUUUUUAUUUUUUUAGUUUUUCAAUAAUAAUAUUUUGUCUGUGUAUCAGCAAUGGAGGGACCAUGACUGUAUUGGAAUUUAGUUAAAAAUCAUUCACGGGAUUUCAUUAGAAAAAGAAACCUUCAACAAUAUGUAAUUCUUGUGCAUCAUAUUUCUUCAUUUCCCCCCGUCUUCUUCCUACUAACAUAUACCUUACAAUUUCAUGGCUCCUCCUCCUUCACCUUCUUUCUCAGUUCCGGCGGAUAAACCGGACGUUGAAUCAAUGAGGGUAGUCGUUAAUUCGAUCAACCGGUACAUUUCCAGGUUAGUAUCCGACGAAGAGGAGUGGGAUUCCAUAAGGUUGAUAUGCAGUUCCAGGUUGAAUUUCCAGCAACAGGAGUUUUUUGAGUUUUCCGAACAGGCAGUACUUUCAAAUCUUUAUUGGGGUAUCAAUGGUAUCGAGGUUGCAUUGCGAGCGUGUUCAGAGGAAGAUAAAGGUUGUCAACUGAAGAAUUCGGAGAAAAUGCUUCAGGUUCCAGCGUUGCUUGACGAACAAGGAACUACUUCCGGGAUGCCUAAUGAGUAUUUAGUUUCUUGUUCUUAUUUUUACCUUUCGGUUAUUAAGAAUCUGCAGAACGAUCGAUUGCAAGCCGCUUUGCAUUUUUUACAAGCGUUGCUUGUCUCGCCGAUGCUUGUUCGAACCGAGUUUGCAUCCGAGGAACUAUGUGGAAGCCUUUUUGAGUCUGCUACGCAAGAAAUAGGUGGAAUUCAGAGGUUGAAUUCGGUUUCUAGUAACUGCUCUACUCGGGACAACCUUGCCGAAUCGACAAGGCAGAUGGCGAAGAGAUACAAGCAUUGGUUAAUGUAUUACCAGGUCAUGUUAUAUGAAUCGACGAAUUUCGGUCACAAGAUUGCCAGUAGCACGGAUUCCUCAAAGCCAUCCGAGCAUCGGUACAGACCACAGGCUAAUUAUAAGUUCGAUAAAGUGCAUCCACUCGAUCACCAAGAAGAUAUCAUCGAGACCAUGGCAUAUGAAACUCAAUCAUCUGUAAACGAUAAAGAAGAUCAAGUCCGUAGUAAAGCUAUAGAGGACCGGGAUCACAUUCGAAGGUUACAACUUCGGAGAAUGGAGCUAAACCGGAACGAAAGUAUCAAAUGCCUGCAGGAUGUCUUGGACGAAUCCCAAUCUGACACACCGGAUUUCGAGGAUGAAUACAAUUCAGAGAACACGGAGGAUAGUACCGGCUUGUUUAACUCAGAAAUAAUAUAUUUGGAUGGCCAAAAACGAGCGAGCUAUGAUCAGAUGUUGCAUUGUCAUAAUGGUGCAUCGGGCCAAGAAUACGAAGCAAUCGUGUUUCCUCGAGUUCCUGAGCAUCAAACAGAUAGAGAAGUCAUCAACGAAGCGAACAUCAGUAAGUAUUUCCCGGACAAAUUGUUCAGAACUGUCAGUGAUUUAAGUUUAUCUGUGUUAGAGACUGAAGACAUGAGCCGGUUAGAACUACAACAAGUCCAGCUCUUCGAACACAUAGCGCCGAACUAUCGAAUGAGUAAAAGCUUGACUCGUAUGAAGCAAGAAAGGACUGCUAAAAGGGAAAAACUGGACUCGCAUUGCAAGGGUGAGUUAAUGGAAAUAAUUCAGAAUGCAGUUUCGAAACUUUGUUUCUCAGACGGAUUAGAGAAGUCCGGGAAAGAUUAUGCAGUCGAAAUCACUGCAAUUUACCGAAUGUUAAACAAUAAACAUGGUGUGAAGUACACAAUGUUGAAAGAUGUGAUUCUGGAGCAGUUGCUGAUAGCUGUUUCGACUUCCAAAGAGGAAAUGGUAAUACGAGCAUCAGUUACUGUCUUAACGACUAUCGUUUCAACAAAUAUAUCGGUAGUAGACGAUAUAAAAAAAAAGGGUUUAAGGCUAACCGAUCUAGCACGCGCUCUAAAAUAUAACGUGCACGAGGCAGCUACUCUUAUAUACUUAAUAAAACCAUCUGCUGCUGAAAUAAAGACCUUAGAGCUCUUACCGACACUCGUGGAAGUCAUUUGUACCUCUAACAGUUCGAGAUGUAGGCCAUCUAAAUCGGUUACGGUAACACCACCUGCGGCAUCGUUGAUGAUUAUCGAAGUAUUGGUAACUGCAUUCGAUAAUGCUACGAAUAACAUGCACUUAGCAGCAAUCAAUUCGCCUCGUGUUUUAUCCGGACUUUUAGAUGUUGCAAAGAAUCAUAGUUUGGAAGAACAUAUUUCUUUGGCCACAAUUCUUGUGAAGUGUAUGCAAUUUGAUGGACAAUGUAGAAAAUAUAUAUCUCAAGCUAUUACAAUGGCUCCAUUUAUACAUUUGUUACAAAGUAACGAGAAACGGGCCGUGUUCGUUGCGCUCGAGUUUUUUCACGAAGUCCUUCGAAUUCCACGGUCAUCAGCCAUUAGCCUAUUGCAGCAGAUAGUGAAAGGAUGUAUCGAUAUUAUGGACAUACUAAUCGAUUGCGUUCGUGGGUUCCGAGCCGAGUACCAGCUUUUAGCAGCAAAUUUAUUGCUUCAAUUAGACACCCUGGAAAACUCGAAAGGUAAAAGUGUAUUUCGAGAGGAAGCAAUGCAAGUCCUUUUUCAGUCGAUUGCAUUGGAAGAAAGCUCGACUGCACAGCAAUUAUCGGCGUUCAUUCUAUCGAAUAUCGGUGGGACUUAUUCAUGGACAGGGGAACCAUAUACCGUAGCAUGGCUGGUGAAAAAAGCCGGUUUAACGUCUUUGAAUCAUCGGAACAUGAUACGAAACUUCGAUUGGUUGGAUCCGAGCUUGCAGGAUAUGGUAACCGAUUUGUGGUGCAGCAAGAUUGCAAGAAGCAUUAACGAAUUUGGGAAAUCGGCAUUCGUUGCGUUACGAAAGGGUUUAAAGAGUCAGAUAAAAAGGGUUGCACGAGAAUCUCUAACGACCAUUGCGUGGCUCGGUUGCGAAAUCUCGAAAAGUUCGAAUAGCCUUCGAUAUUCAGCUUGUGAGAUCUUACUAGGUGAAGUUGAGAAAUUUUUACAUCCAGGAAUGGACCUUGAAGAAAGGCUUCUAGCAUGCCUAUGCAUAUAUAACUAUGCUUCGGGAAAAGGGAUGAAGAAACUGAUUCAUUUCUCGGAGGGUGUACGAGAAUCGCUUCGGAGAUUUUCAGAUGUAAUCUGGAUGGCUGAUGAACUACAUAGAGUAGCUGAUUUCUACUUGCCUAAUAAAUCGCGUAUUUCUUGCGUUCAUACGCAAAUAGUAGAAGUGAGUCACAAAUGCAGUGGAGCUGUAAAUGCCUUAAUUUACUACAAAGGAAUGCUUUAUAGUGGAUACUCCGAUGGUUCAAUCAAGGUAUGGGACAUCAAAAGGCAAUCAACCACACUUUUAUGGGACAUUAAGGAGCAUAAGGACUCCGUGACAUGCUUUUCACUCUUUGAACCAGGAGAGACCCUUUUAAGUGGUUCUACUGAUAAGACCAUUAGAGUGUGGCAAAUGGUUCAUAACAAAUUGGAAUGCAUUGAAGUUAUAGCCACAAAAGAACCAGUUCAAAAGCUAGACACACAUGGUCAAAUGAUAUUUAUGAUCACCAAUGCCCACCAUCUUAAGGUUAUUGAUUCAUUAAGAACAACCAACAGCAUUUGCAAAACCAAGAGUGUGAAAUGCAUGAAGAUGGUUCAAGGAAGGAUUUAUGCAGGCUGUACCGAUUCAAGUAUUCAGGAGGUUUCUUUAUCAAGCAACCAUCAAAGAGAGAUCAAACCAGCUGUUAAGAAAUGGAGAAUGCAAAGCAAACCCAUCAAUUCAAUCACCAUGUAUAGGGACUGGCUUUAUUGUGCAAGUUCAAUGGUUGAAGGUUCUAACGUUAGGGAAUGGAGGAGAAACUCUGAUCCCAAAAUGUCAUUGAGACCAGAGAAAAGAGUAAGUGUUUUAGCAAUGGAAGUAGUGGAAGACUUCAUAUACUUAAAUUGCAGCUCAUCAGCUAAUAGUCUUCAGAUAUGGUUGAGAGGAACACAACAGAAAGUGGGGAGAAUAUCAGCUGGCAGCAAAAUAACAAGCCUUAUAACUGCAAACGACGUCGUUCUCUGCGGGACAGAGUCCGGGUUAAUCAAGGCAUGGAUCCCCUUUAAAAGACCUCAAAAGCAAAGUAUAUAAUAUACAAAGAAAAAUGGAAACAGAUAGUUUUUGAAUGCUUCUAAAAUAAUGCAUUAUGUGUACAGUUGCUACAUUGUAUAAUUAUUAAUUACAAGUGUUAAAACAAAUAAAGCCAUUGUUGAUAGUUCAAA